CUCCUCUGCACCAGCCUGCCCGCCUGCCCGCCCGCCAGUCGCUGCGGCCAGCACCCGCCUGACCCCGCCCGCCCACACCACCGCCGCCAUGUCGCGCCGCUACCCGACCGCCGAGCUGUACGAGGAGCGCGAGCGCGACUUCUACCGCAACGGCAACCACAGCAGCCGCAACUACGACGACCUCGACCAGGAGCUGCGCCGCGGGAGCGACCCCCGCCGCAGCGCCCCCGACUUUUUCCGCGACGACCGCCCGACCGCGGGGCCCAUGGUGCUGCGGGGCCGCGAGCGUGACGAGGACACCUUCUCGCGCGCCCCUGCCCGCAGCCGCCGCGGGGGCUUCGACGACGACGACGCCAUUUCGCUGCGCAGCCGGCCCCCGCCCCCGCCGAGCAGCGUGCGGGAGCGCGAUAUCGACGACCUCUCGCUCCGCCGCAGCGACACGGGAGGCCGCGGCCGCCGCGAGGUCGAGCGCGAGAAGGAGGAGCUCGACGUGACCAUCCGCCGCCGCGAGCAGUCGAGGGGGCCGCCGCCACGUGACCGCUCCAUCCCCUUCCGCCGCGGCGACGGCGCCCGCCCGCGCGAGGUCAGCCUCGAGCGCGACGACGUCCGCUUCCGCGAGCGCGACGGCGGCAUCGACAUCCGCGCCUCGCGCAAGGAGUUCAGCCGCGACGGCCGCGACGUUUCGGCCGAGCGCGGCGCCAUCCGCUUCCAGGAGCGCGACGGCAACUUCGACCUGCACGCCUCGCGCCGCGAGUUCAGCCACAACGGCCGCAACCGCAGCGUCGAGCGCGACUCGCUGGUCAUCCGCAACCGCGAGCGCUCACUGCCUCCGCCCAGCUCGCGCGGAGAGCUGAUCGCCCGUGAGCACGAGGAGUUUGUGGUUCGCCGGCCCCGCGAGCAGUCACGCGGACCCCGCGAGCGUGAAGUCGUCAAGGACGAAAUAGUCAUUCGUCGCAUGGAAGAGCGCUCGCCGUCCCCCGAGCCCCUGCCCCCGCCCCCGCCCCCGCCGCCAGCGCUAGAGCCGGAGAUCAGACCUCCUAUCAUCCAGGAGAUCAUCACCCACCACAGGCACAUCGACCACGGCGUCGAGAGAGCCCGCUCUCCAACACCUCCCCCACCCCCACCAGCGCCUCCUUCUCCGCCUCGCAACGAGCGCAUUGAAAUCGAGAUCAAUCGGAGAGAGUAAGCUCCCACAACUCCACACGCUACAACCACCGCUGAUCAGCCCAGAACCAGAAAAGGCGGACGUUCGACCGAGUUUGACGAGCUCGAGAUUGAGAUCGACCGCAGCCGCGGCCGUGACUUUGAGGUGAGAGCCCGCUCGCCCUCCUUCAGCCCUUCCAGGCGCCGUUAUCCUGCCCCUGCCUCCGCCGAUUCCCACUUCGAGAUUGAAGCCGAUUACUACAACCGCAAA